AUGAUCAAAGUAGAAGUCUUGAUUGUGAUCACAAUUGCAUUGUUGUAUUGUGGUUUUGCGGUGGCCGCACCAUCAACAGGUGGCCCAGCCAGUGGAGGAACGGGCGAUGCGAUGAACCCUUCGGCAUCCAGCGGAGGAUGGGCAAACUUUGGCUCGGCCUCCAACUGGGGCUCAAACACAGUACCCAACGAAAACACGGCGGCAUCGGUCGUGGGCUCGUCCAGCACGCUCAACACCUACCUCGAUGGCAACGCCUACCACCUCUACUCACUGACACUGGGCAACUACAAUGGCGGCAUAGGCGGCUACGUCCAGUUCGCCCUCGCCACCAAGCUCAACAUCACCGAAAACUUUUUGAAUGCCGGCAACAGCAAGUUCAGCUUUGACUCGCCGUCCGGCGCAUCCUCGGCCUUGGUCGCGCCCGACUACGCCGACUACGCCAACAAGCUGAGGCUGUUGGGUGACAUCCCCUACAACCAACUGACCGUUCAUGGAAAUAUGAGUGUCAGGGGUGAGUUCAGGUACUCCCUGGCCGGCCUAGUCCAAUCAGACAAUGACAUCCAAUUUGAGGCUGGUGCAAACUUGAACGUCGUACCCAACAACCAAUUCGACCCGUCCUUCCCAGUGUCCUACAUGCUCACGCCUGGCAAAGUUAACAUGGUCGACUCAUUCUUCACACUCAGCAUUUAUGAGUUUAGAACUUCAACAAUGAGCCACAAGACAACAAACUCGGAUCUUAAUAAAUCCAAGCUAACGGUCUUUGGUGAUGUCGGACUUGAUGCAUCCAACUUCAAUAUUAAGGAUUCUUCUGUGAACUUGGACGGCAAGUUCAACUUGUUGACCAACUCAAAGAUGACCAUUUCGGGAACCAACAUAAAUGGCUCAAUGUCAGUCUCUGGCUUCUCCAAUGUCACGAUGACAAGCUCCAACACCAACUUUACCAACUUGUCACUCAACACUGGAAAGAACUUUAUCAAUGUAGACAACAGCACAGUCAAGAUCGAUGGCCAACUCCUUGUCAACGCACUCAAGACCACCACCAACUCUGACAUGACCAUCAGCAAAUCUGGAUCAUUCGUAACUGGUCAAAGAGCACACUUUGUAUCAAGUCAGCUGAAGGUUGAUGGCACUAUGGAUGUUACAGGAAAGGUCGACGCAGAGGGCUCACAUGUAUCCAUUGGUAAUAGUAUGUCGUUGGCUGGCGGACAGGUCAACUUGAUCAACUCCUCAUUGGCGUUCAACAGUGGUUCCCAAUUGGUAUCCAACGGCACCAUCAACAUGGGCAGCUCACAACUCUCUUUCGGCACCGGCUCCAACCUCGCACCCAAUGGAGGCUCCAUCACCCUUGACAACUCGACCGUGUCGCUCAAGUCUGCCUCGACCCUAUCACCAACUGGCGGCGCAAUCCACCUCUUUGACUCGAAGAUGUCUAUGGAGUCCGACUCCAAGCUCGCACCAGCAGGCGGCUCGAUCAACUUGAGCAACUCAUCUCUGUCGCUGCAGAACGGCGCCAACCUCGCUCCCGCUGGAGGUUCGAUCAACUUGAACAACUCAUCAAUGUCUCUGCAGUCUGGCUCCAUCCUCGCGCCAGCCGGCGGCAAGAUUGAUCUCGUCGAGUCGUCGCUGUCUUUGGACGCCGGCUCCAAGCUGACCUCUCACGUGACCGCCACCAUCACAUUGACCAACACUCAGUUUGUAAACAGUGGCAGUUUCAGUGGAUCGCUCACAGUCGACUCGGACAGCGCCAUCAACAACAAGGGCAGCUUCGUAUUCUCGGGCCCCAUCGUGCCGCCUUCAAACAACUUGCUCUCUCGUCGCCACAAGCUGCACGACUCCGCGCCCGUGCAUCCCACAUUCACCAACGCUGGUACGGCCUCGAUCAACGCAACCAACUUAAUCAACAUCGCCAUGGAGAUACUUAACGCCGGCACAAUGAAUGUUUUGUCGAAUGCCACAGUGCCAUCGUUCAGUCAGAGCAAGGGCUCGACCACGCUGGCUGGCGGCUCACUGAAUUCCACAGGCGAGAUUCUCAUUGGUGGCGGUAGUCUCAAUGGCGUUGGCACGCUGUCCAGCACAACGAUCACCAAGGCCAACCUUGGCAGUGAGCAGAUCAACACACUCAAGAUCGAUGGCAACCUGACCAUUGGUGACAACACCACCCAGACCACGCUGAAGAUCAACUCCAACACGACCUACUCCACAAUCAACGUCACUGGAACCGUAACUCUCGAUGGCAACCUCACCAUCUUGGUGACCCAAGAGAUCCUGGACGCGACCAAGGACGGCAACGUGACCAUCAACGUGGUGUCAUUCACUGACAACAACAACAGCAGCAAGUUCAAGGGCAUCUCCAUCAAGACGUUCAAUCCAAACGGCGCCCACAAGGAGACUCCGUCGUGCCGUGUCUCGGCCUCCCAGUCCACCGGUGGAAUCGCCGUGCUGGUCCAGCCCGAGGACUCGACUUGCAAGUCUAGCAACCCCGAUCCCAGCGGCAGUGGCAGUGACGCGGGUCCACUCGCAAAUGGUAGCAGCAGCAGCAGCUUCAGUGGCUGGAAGGUCAUCACAGUGAUUGUCGUCGGUUCGGUGAUUGUCGCCGCCGGUGUGAUCACAGCUUUUGUCAUGCUGCGACCAAGAAUCGCCAGACAGAUCGCCUACCGUCGUGAGUCAAAGAGGAAUAACGAGCAUGAGCUCAAGAUGAGAAUAUAA